UACCUAAAUACCAGUCGAACAAUACCCACCAAGAUAGAUGUACAUUAUCAUUUUUAUCAAUCUUUAAAAAAUAAGUAUUGGAUAUUUUACUGACAAAAUGUUGCGAUAAAACGGUGAUAAGGGAAUUAUUCUAUUAAACCUGGAGCUGCCACAGCCAUUACUAAGGCUACAAAAAUGUCAACACCUAAACUUUACUACUUAGAAGAGAUACUCACGAAACACGAACUUGUUGGCCAAGGCUCAUUUGGUGAAGUUUUUAAAGGUAUUGACAAGAGAUCAAAUCAAGUAGUAGCCAUAAAAAUAAUCGACUUGGAAAAAGCUCAAGACGAAAUAGAUGACAUCCAACAAGAAAUCAAUAUUCUUUCUCAAUGUGACAGUCCUUUCAUAACUAAGUAUUUUGGUUCAUUAUUAAAAGAAAGCAAGUUAUGGAUCAUUAUGGAAUAUUUAGGAGGGGGUUCCGCUAAAGAUCUCAUGAAAGCAGGACCUUUAGAAGAAGCACAUAUAGCUGUUAUUCUUCGAGAGGUUCUUAAAGGUUUGGAAUAUUUACACAGUGAGCAGAAAUUACAUAGAGACAUCAAAGCUGCCAAUAUUAUGCUUAGCGAAACUGGAGAGGUAAAAUUAGCAGAUUUAGGUGUCGCGGGACAAUUAACUAACACCAUGAAUAAAAGGAAUACUUUAACAGGAACUCCAUAUUGGAUGGCUCCUGAGGUUAUCAAACAAAAUUUUUACGAUUAUAAAGCUGAUAUUUGGAGUUUGGGAAUUACUGCAAUAGAAUUGGCUGACGGUGAACCUCCUUAUUCUAAAAUGCACACUAUGCAAGCUCUGGCUAAAAUAGCAGAUAGCAGCCCUCCCAAAUUAGAAGGCGAUUUCAGUAAACCGUUUAAAGAUUUCGUGGAGACUUGUUUGAACAAGAAACCAGAAUAUAGACCACCGGCUAAAGACUUGUUAAAGCUUCUCUUCAUUAGAAAGGCUAAGCGAAAUUACGUACUAAUAGAUCUAAUAGAGAGAUACCUGAAGUGGAAACGUGAAAAUGCCGAAACGUUGGAUACUCGUUUUAAUGACGACUGGUUUAGUACCACAUCGACAGUACCUGAUUGGAACUUAACCGUUACAGAAGAUUCAAACGAAAUGUUUAACACGCUCGUUAAGAAAAACAUCAUAAUUGAUCCCCUUCCUGCAAAAAGUCACUUAUCUGAUGUAAUGAAGAAUUUAAUUAAUGAUAAAAUUGUCAGUAUGGCAUUCACGGACGCAGAAGACUGUUAUCCUGGUAUUAGCGAGCUCUUUGUAACCAACGUGAUCACAAAGCUGUUGCCCUCUAUUUCGGAACACAGACUUGAGGAGGUUUUGAACAAGAUAAAAAGCAGCGGUGAAUAGCUUAAAAUGUUAGUUCAAUAUAAAAAUUUUAGUAUUUAUUAAUAGUCAAGACUGUACGUAUAUUGAUAACUUUCAUUCAACAGUGGAAUUCGCACAUUGUCUCUCUUUCUUCAGAACUUCCUUUCCUUCCUGUCUUUCUCCAGAACUUUGUUUCCUGUUCAAUCUAAUCGUACAUUUAUUAGAUGUCUAAUAAUAGUCCAGAAAGCCACUGCGCAUCCGCUAGGAAAAAUAUUCUGAUUCGGAUUUUUUGCACAAUCUUACUCAAAAAUGACUCCUUUUAACAAAUUUGCAUGUUGCCAGGACCAAAAGGUGUUCAAAAAUUUUUUAAACGUUUUUUUUUUGUUUUUUUCCUAAAAUUAUUUUUUUUGCAUGGAAAAAAGUUUUUUAGGUUUUUUGGAUCAUUCCAAACAGAAAAGGUCUUUAGUGACUUUUCUCCAAAAAUGAUAGUUUUUGACAUACAUAUAAGCGAUUAAAAAUUGAAAAAUUGCGAAAUCGGUCAUUUUUAACCCUCAAAAACUAUGAGAAAAACUGAAAAUUUGAAUGUUGACAAGGUAGGUAGAUAUUCUUUAAACAUCGAUUGAUGAAAUCCCGAAGAGUUUUUUGCAAUACCAAAUUCAAAACUGCUUUGUUUUUUAAUUGCUAAUCAAGCGUGCGCGACACUAUUUUCCACCGACAGUAUGGUGCAAAUGAAAGGAAUAAAUUCGUUAUUUCGUAAACCGGCGACUUAAGGAAAAAUCCCGAAACAGGUCAAUUUUUAUUUUUAAGUUAUGAUAUUGUGGCAUAUAUGGUAUACUAGUGACGUCAUCCGUCUGGGCGUGAUGACGUAAUCGAUGAUUUUUUUAAAUGAGAAUAGGAGUCGUGUGGUAGCUCAUUUGAAAGGUUCUUCAAUUCUCUAUUCAGUAAUGUAAACAUUUACAUAAUUAUUUAUACAGGGUGUCCUUCUACUGCUUUUUUUGUCAAAUAUUUUAAUUUAAUAAAAAAUUUUUGGACACCUUGUAUAAAUAAUUAUGUAAAUGUUUAUAUUACUGAAUAGAGAAUUGAAGAACCUUUCAAAUGAGCUAGCAAACGACCCCUAUUCUCAUUUAAAAAAAUAAUCGAUUACGUCAUCACGUCCAGAUGAUGACGUCACUAGUAUACCAUAUAUGCCACAAUAUCAUAACUUAAAAAUAAAAAUCGACCUGUUUCGGGAUUUUUCCUUAAAGUCGCCGGUUUACGAAAUAACGAAUUUAUUCCUUUCAUUUGCACCAUACUGUCGGUGGAAAAUAGUGUCGCGCACGCUUGAUUAGCAAUUAAAAAACAAAGGAGUUUUAAAUAUUGCAAAAAACUCUUCGGGAUUUCAUCAAUCGAUGUUUAAAGAAUAUCUACCUACCUUGGCAACAUUCAAAUUUUCAGUUUUUCAGUUUUUGAGGGUUAAAAAUGGACGAUUUCGCAAUUUUUCAAUUUUUAAUCGCUUAUAUGCCAAAAACUAUCAUUUUUAGAGAAAAGUCACUAAAUACCUUUUCUGUUUGGAAUGAUCCAAAAAAUCUAAAAAAAAACUUUUUUCCAUGCAAAAAAAUAAUUUUAGGAAAAAAACAAAAAAAAACGUUUAAAAAAUUUUUGACAACCUUUUGGUCCUGGCAACAUGCAAAUUUGUUAAAAGGAGUCCUUUUUGAGUAAGAUUGUGCAAACAAUCCGAAUCAGUAUAUUUUUCCUAGCGGAUGCGCAGUGGCUUUCUGGACUAUAAUGAUACUUACAUACACCGAAAGUACACAGAGACGAUUUAGUGCCAUUAAAAAAAAUGUCAAGAGACUUUACUUAGACAUUUAUAGACUUAAACCAAGGGUAACCGCCCUGAAAAUAGGCAAAAUGUCCUCACUCCCAGAAUUCAAUUUUUUUAAAUUUUUUUACGUUCUAUUUGAUUAAAUAAACGUAAUUUUUUCGGUUUAUCUUUUUUUUUUCGAUGAGUUGCAUUCAAUUUAAAAAUUUCAAAAAAUUCACACGCAUAUUUGAGGCUUUUACAAAACUUGUCUAUUUUUGAUAGACCAGUUAAGUAUAGGUACAUAACCUAAAAAUGCAUUUUUUUUAAAUAGCGUAUAACUUUUUUUUGGAGAUGGUUGCAGGUUCAUUGUUUUCAUAUGUUUAGAUAACCAAUACCUAUAUUAUUGAUUUUUUAUUUUCCCAUAAUGUGUGCCACUGUCAAAAACCCGAAAAACUCGUUUUUAGUGGUUUUGGGAGAUUUUCCCCAUUUUAUAGACUUCAAAAUAGAUCAAAUCAACGUUUUUUUUUAAGGUUAUGUAAUUUGAAGUAAAUGAAUCCCCAAAAAAUUGGGCAAAACACCUUUAAACCCACAAAAAAAUCAUAAUUUUUCAAAACUCGCAAGAACCCGUAACACCUCGAAAAAACAUGGUUUCUUGGGGGUUUAAAGGUAUUUCGCCCAAUUCUUGAACGUACUAAAAGUGAUUUACUUGAAAUUAUUUAUAACCUAUAAAAAAAACCUUGAUUUAAUCAAUUUUGCAAUUUAUUUAAUGGAGAAAACACCCCAACACUACUAAAAAACCAGAUUUUCUGAUUUUUAAAGGUCGCCACUUUUAAAACCCGAACGCCACCUUAUAGAAAAA